AUGUCGCGCCUCCUACCGCCCCCUCCAGCCGUGGAGCAGGUGUACGAGGUGACCGAGUAUGCCCCCGGGCGCUGGGUCCGCAGGCAGGUCGACAUCCCAGCCGAGAGCAGGACCUGGCCCGCGCCGCUCGGCCCGUCGUCGCCGCGCCCUCCACCCCACACCCCCGCUACAAACCACACCGCGCCGCUCGACCGCAACUGCUACCCGCACAUCUUCGAGAUGAUCGUCGCGUACGCCCCGCUCGCGGCGUACCCCGCCCUCCGCGCUACCUGCUGGGAGAUGCUGCGCCUCUGCCAGCCCAGGCUGUACGAGCAUAUCUGGAUCGAGACGCGCUAUGACUAUUCGGCGCCGGGCAACACCGCCGUGGACAUCUUCAUUCCGGGCUCGGCGCGUGUGCGUGUCCCUGGGCUCGACUAUGCUGGUGAUCGCGACCGCUGCCUCGGCUUCAUUGGGGCGUAUACCCGCGCCAUAGACGUCGACUUCACCCCGCGCAAGGGGCUCAUGGACGAGUGGCUGUACCUUGGGGCACUGCGCGGCGCUAUUGGAAAGGUGCCAGUCCUUCGUCGCCUCGACUCCCCAUCGACGAUCAAAGCCGGCGCGCCGUUUUCGUUCAGGAACGUCCUGACGGAUUGCCUCGAGUCGAUGCCCAAGUUCAUCUCAGCCCCUUUCGAGGUGUGCUUUAUCGAUCUUGGUCGCCCUCAGCCCCUCACCUCUGGCGUCACCCUCAUGCGUGGCGCGUACAAGACUGCAGUCGUCGUUAUCCGCUUCAACGAGUCCGGCGACAAUGAGCUUCGCCUGCUGCGGUACCUCCGUUUCAUGGCCGCCAACCUGGUCAUCAUCCUGCAGCCGCGUGUCGACCUCGAGUGCUCCGAGAGUUGUCUCAAGGUUCUCGGGGCGAUCGGAAGUCUUGCCUGCGGGGCCGACCCAGCCAACCCUCGCCUCAAGACGGCCCCGACCGUGUCCAUCGGCCCACUUGACUCCUUCAGCGAGUGCUUCCCCGGCAUGGACAAGGAGGGGCAGAAAGACGUGCUCAACACUAUCCUUCACGAACACGCCGCCGACGAAGCCCAAGGCUAUCUUGGUUGUUCCAGCAACAUGUCGAUUCUGUCACUGAGCGAGAUGCAGGCAAAGGUCGGGGCGGAGUGGUGGCCGUGGGUGUCCACUUGGCCGGGGCAGUAA